UUCGCGGUGGUGGCCCCGGGUAAAGUCGGCCGCUUUGGGGAUAUAUUGAGCCGCAAAGCUGGCGGGUUUAAAUGUAGGCGCCAGGUUUUUAAAUGACCCGCUUUGACGCCCCUGUGACUACACGGGCAGAAACGAGUUUAUAAGCCGAGGCGCAAAACUCCACCGCGCCAGCACGGGAUAGGCAGGCAGCACUGCAGGACUCCGGCUGGACCUAGUGGCACGAUCCAAAGGCCCAGAAACAAAAUUACAGCGUUUAUGAUGAGUGAAUAGGGAUCGGAGUCGCUUUCAUUAACACGCAUAUUUAUACCUUUUUAGAAAUUUACCAUUUUGGGCGUGCAUUUCUUAAAAAGGAAUACGCAGUAUCUUAAAGGUCGCCGUGAAGAUAUAAUGCCAAGGAAAGUUAACAAGACAGAACUGAAGUCAGCCACGAUCCAGGAUGUAGCCAAAGAGACGAUGACAACCACGACACGAUCAAGGAAAAGAAAGGCAGAUGUUGCUGUUUAUUUGCAAGAUCCAGAUGAAGAAGUUACUGAAAUGACAAAGAAGAAACAUUAUGAAUGUGAGGACUAUCCGGACCCAGCGGCGAGUCCUUGUGGGCGGAUACCCACACCUGAAUGCGAAGCCCCUGAACUCCCCAGCUGUGAUGCUCCGCUUCUGAACUACCAGCAGUACAGCUUCAGGCACCACUGCGUCACGCCCACCCGCUCGUCCCCCCUUCCUGCCCUCUGCUGGGCCAACAAAGAAGAUGUUUGGAGUAAUCUGCUCAAGAAGGACCAUUCCUACCACCGAGAUGGUGGAUUCAUGGAAAGGCAUCCACACUUGCAGCCCAAAAUGAGGGCGAUUCUGCUGGACUGGCUAAUGGAGGUUUGUGAGGUAUAUAAGCUGCACAGGGAGACGUUUUAUCUAGCCCAGGACUUUUUUGAUCGGUUCAUGGCGACUCAGAGGAACAUCCUCAAAACGACGUUACAGCUCAUCGGAAUCUCUGCGUUGUUCAUAGCCGCCAAGCUGGAGGAAAUCUACCCACCCAAGUUACACCAGUUUGCCUAUGUCACGGAUGGGGCCUGCACAGAAGAGGAGAUCCUCACCAUGGAGUUGAUCAUCAUGAAGGAGCUGAAAUGGAAUUUGAGCCCCCUGACUUCCAUAUCCUGGCUCAAUGUUUACCUGCAAGUGGCCUAUCUGAAGAACACAGGCGAGGUCCUGUUGCCCCAGUUCCCACAGACGACAUUCGUGCAGAUAGCAGAGCUCCUGGAUGUGUGUAUGCUGGACAUCCGGUGUCUGGGCUUCUCAUAUGGGAUGCUGGCCGCCUCUGCACUCUUUCACUUUUCCUCCCUGGAGCUGGUGCAGAAAGUCUCGGUUUUUCAGUGGCCUGAGAUGGAGCAGUGUGUGAAAUGGAUGGUGCCCUUUGCCAUGUCGAUCCGGGAGGCAGGCAGCUCUUUGCUCAAGACCUUUAAGGGCAUCUCUGCGGACGAGAUGCACAGCAUCCAGGUCCACGCACCGUACCUGGACUUGCUGGAAAGGGCCCAGUCCUACCAGCUGGUGGAUGUGGAGCGGAGUCAGAGGUCCCCUCUUCCCUCUGGUGUCCUGACUCCACCCCCCAGCAGUGAAAAACCGGAGCCAUCCGAAAGCUGAGCGCCCGGCCUGUGGGUGUGGCCGUCUCCAGGGUGUCGAUGGCAAGGCAUUAUAGAGAAACUGACUUCAUAUGCUACCAAUGUGCACAAGACUGGUUUUUGUUGGUGUGCGUGCUGACUUGAAUGGCCAUUUUGUUUUUAUUAUUUUUUUAAGCGGGUUUUUAUAUUUUUUAUGAGGGUUUUUUUUUUGUUUGUGUGUUUUUUAAUGGGAACCACAUCCAAAUCGGACCCCCUGCCAAAUAGACAGAGGUGACUGGGCCCUCUGAAAGCUGCUAUAGAUGUAACUUGCACGGAUGCGCCGUGGAUGGGGCGUGUGUGAGGAUUCAUGUGCUCGAAACCUCCGUCCGACUUCAACAUGGCCAGCGGAAAACGAAAUGUUGAACCACUUGCGUCUCUGGGUUAUCAUUACCAAAACCUAUAGUGUUUUUUUUUUUUUGUUUUUAACCCCCCUCCCCCCCCAUGAAGUGCUGCUAUUUUUCUGUAUCAUUUUAAAAUAAAAUUACUGUCUCUGACAGUUUGUAAAGUUUUA